CUUUUUGACAACCACAUUGAAAUGGAGUAAAUUAAAAUAUAAACAAUUACUUUAAUUUGCAAAGAUUUUCACAAUGGCAGAAGAAAUUCUUCCCAAAAUCGUACAACAUAUUUGUAGCAACUGGACAGGGUUAAAAUUAGCAGUCGAACAUUCGAUGGGAGGACCAAACAGUAAACAGCUUGCAAUUGAAUGUGUAGAGGAAGUGACAGCUUUUUGUAUACAAGAGCCAAAUUUGGAGGUAGAGGAUUUAGAAGACUUAUUAGAAGACUUUAUGGAUGAAAAAUUUGAUAUUCUUUUUGAAGAUGGAUCUCCUAAAGAAAUUGCUACCAUAUUGUAUAAAUUUGUACAGUUAAUAAAAAGUGGAAAUCUUCAACAAUGUGAAGAAGAAUAUCUUAAGCUUCCAACAGCAAAUACUACCUGGUUGCAGGAAAGUAGAACACAAGCUACUCAACCAGAGCAGGAUGAUAGUGAGUCAUCUAGUGAUGAAGAAGCAGACAAGGAAUCUGUAACACCAAUGGAAGAUGAUGGUUGGACAGUUGUACAAACAAGAAGAAAAAGAUAAUUAAUUGUAUUUUAUAUUUAUAAGUAAAUUAAAGUUUUGUUU